GCGACCGGCAGCCAGGCAGCACAUUCGAAUCCCUUUGUCUGGCCCGCGCGAACGCGAGAAGCAUCCUCCGGAGGAAUCCGGGCCGGCGGAUUUUGCGGGGCUCGCGUCUCAGUUCCCCGAGGACACCACGGCGGGCCACGCUGGACCCAAGGUCACUGGACGCGGUCAACCUCUUCUGGAUUCCUCGCGGCGCGCGACUCGCUUUUCCGACGCGGCGCGCCGCGACCCGACGACCCCGUCGCCCGGACGUCGCCCAAGAGAAGGCCCCGGGAGGCCCGCGGGACCGAGUGUGAAAGUGCCGGAGUAAAAGCGAGGCAAAUCGGGCCGCUGCGAUCGGUUUCCGCGCGAGCCGCGCAGUGAUCGACGACGAAAAGGUGCGCGGACAAUCGAGCCGCCUCGACGCGGAGGCGCUCCCUGCGCCGUGGAUCGCCGGUCCCGUCCGUUUGGCCGACGGUGAUCGAUACGGUCGAUCGAUCGGAAGAAGCCCGAGGCGUCCCGAGUCGGCCCGAGGUGGCCCGAGAACCCCGAAAUCCAACGAAAGAAGCGAUCCGGCAGAGCGCGCGUUCCUCGAUCGGCCGCGAUCCGCGGCGAUGAUCGCCGCGAUCGGUCCCCGGGGCCCGCUAGCCUGCCCGCGGCCCCUGUCCCGCGCGUUUCCGGGGCCCGAGCGUGUUCGAAAGUCACCGCGGAUGACCCAGACUCGUGCGCGAUCGAGCAUGAAAUCAAUUCGAGGCGGAGCGCCGCGAGCCACGGACGGCCUGCCAGCGAUUUCCUCGCGACUUCUCGGGAUCUAGGCUCGGGAUCUAGGAUCCUACGACCGCGGAGGACACGCGGGAGCUUCCGAGCGAAGCGGCGGAGCGGUCGGUGCCGUGGGAUCGAGAGGAUCUCUCGCGAGGAUCGAGGGAGAACGAGACAGAGAAAAGAGACGUCGUCGUCGUCGCGGACUCGCCUGGACGAGAUAGGAGCGGGACGAUAGCCGAGGUCAUCUCCGGCCGAGUCAUUGGGAAUGCAUUGUCCACGGUGCUCGCGCGAUCCAGCUUCGUCCGCUUGCUACGCUCGCGCGCGAGAUCGCAGCCGCUUCGAGCGGCCGCGUCACCGAUAAUCGAGCCCGGAGUUUAUCGCUCGCGCGCGUCUCCUCGCCUCUCCUCCCUCGCCCCGACGCCGAUUAACAGAGCGAGCUCUUAUCGAACGGCGAUGCUUAUUGAAUAGAUCACUUCCGAGCGAGCUGGCUGACGCGGACUGGCGGCCGUCCGUGUCGAACGCCGCGAAACCAGUCGCCGACACCUGCCCAGCGGCCGCAGCUUCUCGAGCGGAACCUGCGGUGCCCUCGGCUUGUCGUCUCAAUUACGAGCGUUUUGCUGAAUACAUUGGAGCCUCGCGGAGGCGGCCAAGUCGUCUUUGUUCGGAGAACGCCGCGGUUUUGGCGCGUUUUUGGCGACCGAAGCGGUAACGCCGCGACGAACCCGGCUGCGAAAGUGACGCGGAGUAUACGGUUCGAUCGAAGAUCCGCGGCGUGGAAUUGGCGGAGACGAGGUGUGGAUGAUCUAGGGACGAUCUGCAGGCGAUUCUGAAUGGAACUGUUGGUUCGGAUUGAGGAUUUGAAUUGAACUGGGACCUCGAAUUGAAAGAGGAAGGGACGAGCGCGUCGGGAAAUCGACGGAAAUGAUCUGUGAACGAUCUGAAGACGAUCUGGAGACGAUUUGCAGAUGAUCUAGAAACGAUUUAGAGGCGAUCUCGAAUGGAAUUGUUGGUUUGAAUUGAGUCUUUGAAGUGAAUUGAAACCUCGAAUUGAAUUGAAACCUUGAAUUGAAUUAUCUUCGCCGGGAAGACGCGAUACGCGCGUCGAUAAAUCGACGAAAACGAUCUGUAGACGAUUUCGAGACGAUCUGCAGACGAUCUAGAAAUGAUUUAGAGACGAUUCUGAAUGGAACUGUCGGUCUGAAUUGAGUCUUUGAACUGAAUUGGGACCUCGAAUUGAAUCGAAACCUCGAAUUGAACUAUCUUCGCCGGGAGGACGCGAGAAGCGCGUCGAUAAAUCGACGAAAACGAUCCGCAGACGAUUUGGAAACGAUCCGCAGACGAUCUAGAAACGAUCUAGAGACAAUUCUGAACAGAACAGUCAGUCUGAACUGAAUCCUCGAAUUGAACUAAGUCCUCGAAUUUAACAAUUCCCUGCGGAAGGAAGCGACAAUCGCGUCGCGAAAUCGUCCAAAACGAUCCGCAAACGAUCUUUAGACGAUCUAGAAACGAUCUAGAGCCAAUUCAGAACAUAACAGUCGAUCUGAACUAGAUCCUCGAACCGAACUAAGCCCUCGAACCGAACAAUCCACCCCUGGAGGCCGCUGUAAUCGCGUCGCCGCGCUCAUUUUGGACCCGCGGAGCGCCGCGAUAAAACGCGAACACCUCGAUAAAACUCGAACACCGGGGAUCCCCGAGCACCGGGAAUCCAAGUAGCAAACUUCCGCAACACAUUUAGGCAACAAUAAACCGAACCUUGGCGCCUCGGCGUCGAAUCGUCGCACCUGCCGCUAUCAGCGAAGCCUGACCGCGCGGCGUCGCCGAGCCUUGGGUGCCCUCACCGCCGCACAAAACCGGCGGAAAAUCAUCGGCAACACCUGACCAGCAGAACCGCCUUUUCCCGGAGCAGCUGCUCCGGUCAGAAGUAUCAACAAAGGAGGCGGAGGAACAAUCAAGCUUGAUAAGCGGCGUCCGCGCGCGGCGAGGCAAGAGAGAGAGAGAGAGAGAAGGCGCCGAGAUCGGCGCGGGUGACGUCAGUUUCCGUCGAAUGGUGCGCGCGUUUCGAAGCGAGGAAGGGAAGAUAGGUGUCGGAGGAUCGAACGGGGACGUGGAUCGCCGGUUUGCUCGAUAAGAAGCAGCGAUUCCGCGGCGUUUGCGCUCGCGACUUCUCGCGGCUCGCCGCGCAAAAACGGAUGCGCGAGCCGAGAAAUCGGGAUUCUAGAUCGUUCGCGAGUGAACCAGAAGGUCUAUUCGAAGUCGAGGGACCUAGCAGUGGGCGACAGUGUACCUUCGAUCCGAUCUAGAAGAGAGCGGCGAUCGAGAGGCGCUUGGAAGUCGCGGCCGACCUUGCGAUCGCCGCCGAAGAAGACGCCGUCGUCCCGAGAAGACUCGUCGAAGGGAACAGUGGCCGGCGUGUUGAGGUGGUCACGAGUGAUCGGUAUUCACGGUGGGGACGAAUCCCAGACCUACAAUCGUCGGGUGACGUCAGGGUGCUCGCGCGACGCUCCGACGCGACGCGACGCGGCUGAAAAGAACCGAACGGAACGGUUCGGGAGAUCGCUUUGUGCGCUGGAAAUAUGACCGCUAAAUAUAGUCGGAAGAAUUUCCGCGGCAUCCGCGCGGCCGGUUUUGCUCGAUUUUCGUAGCCGCGAUUUAUGCGAAACGAGUGCGGCCGCUGGUCCGCGGACGUCGUCGUCGUCACCGACGUCGCAGGCUCGUGUUACCCGUCGGCCGUCGUCUGCGAAUCAGAUCAGUGACUCGGCCGAGCGCGUCGUCGACCGAAAGAUCAUCAUCGUGUGCCGCCCGCUCCAUCGUGCCGUGGAUCACCACGACGAACGAACGAUGCUCAUCACUAAGUAUACCACGAUACUGCUGCAGUCCACCAAUCAGCACAUCAUCAGGAGCGAUGUCUUCCUGGAACCGUACCUGCAGCAGCACGGGACCGUUCAGGUUGUCAGCUCGCCGAGCACGCCUCCGCCAAAUCCGCUGCAACAUCAUCAGCUUACGCAGCUACAUCAUGUACAGAGCGAGGAGUCGCUCUCCUCGGAGGGCUCGGCGACCUCCGGUGGAUCUUCGAGCUCCACGGAAGAUUCUGGCAGCGAGGUCGCCUGCGACAUCACUCUGAUCGAGAGGCUUAUACGGUCCCAUCCGAUCUGGUUCCUUCCUGGCAUCCAAAGGGCCGGCGCUUUCCACUUGUUGCAAGGCAAAGAGGAAGGGAACUUCGUCGUCCGGCAGUCGAGCCAGAGCGACACAAUGGCCCUUUCCGUGAGGCUGCCGCCAGGAAAGGGGCCGUACAUCGAGCACUACCUGAUCCAAGCUAACAAGGGGAAGCUGAGCUUGGAAACCAGCGAGAACAGGUUCGACAACAUCCCCUCGCUGAUCGCCCACUAUUCUCAGUGCUGUGACGAAUUACCGGUCCAAUUGACACUGCCAAGGGCGAUGCGGGAGGCCAAGAAUAGGCAGCAGCUCUCCUCGCUGGCACUUCUGGGUCAGGAGUUCUGGAGAUACCCGAUGGCAAACCCGAAGCCGCCGGAAAGCAGCAGCAGCAACACUUCGAGCUUGAGCAGUUUCCGUGGUGGUAACAAUAACCAUAGCAAUAACAACAGCAACAACAACAACAACAACGUCCACACACCAACGACCGAGAGCAUAGUGCUGAAUCUGGCGCCGAUAUCGUCGCACGAUACACGAAGCUCGUCGCCGACGACGGUCGUCACGACGUCGACGUUCGCGUCGUCGUUGCCGCGGCAGCCGCGGCCGACGCCGCCGAACACGUUGAACCUGACGACGUUCAACGAGCCGAUGGACGUGAAGAAGAUAUCGCCGACCGAGAAGCUCUCUCAGAAACUGAUCUCGCCGAAUCUCGUGCAGAGCGUGCGAUGCCCGUCGCCGGUGGUCCACAACGUGGAGAACAACGUGCUGAGCCCGGUGCAGGACGGGAAGCUGAACUUCGGGCCGAAGAGCGUCGUCGGCGAGGCCUCCUCGAGGUCGACGAUGGUCGAGCUGUCGAGGACCAGAUUCGCGUCGACGAACAGCUCGACCACGAACUUCCAUCACAACGUCUCGACGUUCAACAAUUUGUCCUGUGCGAACUCGCCGGUGCUGCCGGAGAUCAGGAACAUCAUCGGCGAGAAUCACGGGAUCGCGCAGAACGUGAAGACGCCGCCACCGCCGCCGCCUAGGUGGGCCAAGCCGGGGAUGGCGCACACGCAGAACAACUUCACGGUCACCACCACGGUCACAUUCAACGUGAACCAAACGACCGACGUCUGCAGUUCGCAGCAGAAUACACCGUCGGACCCGAACACGUCGCUGCUGAGCCCGCAGAGCGCCACGUCGAACAAAUCCCUCACGUCGAACUUCUCCAUAAAGUCACCAUUGUCUCCCACGACGCCGGUGCUCUCUCCGUUGUCGAAGCUAGUCCCGAACGUCGGCAUGAAGACGCCGAACGUUCUCUCGCCGACGACGCCGUCGAGCACCAGCAAGUCGAAGCGUAGACGGGACCGCGAGGCGCGGAAGAACUCCCAGCACUAUCAGGAGUCGGACAUCCUCGAGUCCUAUUACAGGAGCUCGCCGGGCGACAAGAUCUCCGACUACGAGGACAUAUGGAACACGACCGACCAGUCGAACCAGUCCACAUGGUCGCCGAACGACAAGCUGCUGAGGAACGACGGGCCCGCGGCGAACACGCCGCAGGAACGUCUGAGGAACUCGAACGACCGGCUGAUGGCGCAGGAAAGGUCCUCGAACCCGGCCGAGAGGAUCUUCAACGACCGAUUGACCGCGAACGAGCUGAUCGUACGUAACGACAGGAUGAUCCUGAGGAACGACAAGUCGAUCGCCAACGAGAAGUUGAGCUACAAGGAGAUGACCAGCCCGGAGUUCAGCAGCUUCAAGCCUGUGCAGGAGCUGAAGACAGGCGAACACGGGAACGGCACGAUCGAGGAGACCGGGAUGGGAAGGAGACCGGACCUUUUGUCUCGAGUCUGCAGCGCGAAUUCGUUGAACAGUCCGAACACCGUGACGCCCCCGAGGAACAAGCUGGGCCUGAUGCUGGCGAAAUCGGAGAGCAACAGCCCCCUGACGCCGGAGUCGAAGCAAGGCAGCCCUUUCUACGCGGAGCCGGCCGACGCUAUAGCGCAGAGUGCGGCGAUUAUACCGAGAAGACGAGCGAGGAACAAUCCGGCGACGAACAAGUAUCGACACAGCGAGCCUGGCUGGCUGCAGACGCCGAUCGGUGCUAACUCGAAUCAGCUUCACCCGAUCGACUGGGAGGAGACCGAGGAGACCGAGGACAAGACGCCGCUGAUAUCGUCCUCCGUCGACAACCUUGCCAAACGGCUUGGCACCAAGGACGUCAAGAAGAUCCCCAGAGCGAAGCCUGUGCAACCACCAAAGAUCAGAACCAAGGUGUUCAACGAUACCUCCUGGGCCGUGGACUCCAGCUGGGAGUUCAUUGGGAACGAAGGGGAGGAGUGCGAAGCCGACUACGACUGUGAUGCAGAUUACGAGGGCGAUAACGUUGCUAGAACGUUCCCAGACGAGGAGUGCGACAGGGACGUUGUUGGGAACACUUUGACCGUUCAGAGUAUCAUUCUCCAACGGUACCCAGAGCUGUUGAAGCCACCAGACACGUCGGAGUCGCUGUACAGUGACAGAAACUCCUCGUACGACAACGUCGAGAAGAGGAACGAGAGGGAGGACCUCGCGGACUCCAGAAAGGAGCAAACCUACGACUCUUCCGAAUGGGAAACCCCGCUGGAGACGGACGAAAGCGACGUGGAGAGGAUGAAUAAGAGCAAGAACAUCAAAGAACGGCUGGACUCCCUCCUUUCUCCGCCAAGGUUACAAGCCCUGAAGAACCGCGACAAUGGCGGCACCGGUUCCACGAUCAGGUCCUACGCCCUUCAGCUCGCCGCGGACAAAACCACCACCUUCUCCCAGAACAUCGACAACUUCAUCCAGUGCACGAAGGAAGGCAAGGAAGCCAGCCCCCACGUGGUGAUGAGGAACAUGCGGCAGUUUAUGUCCGGGAUGAAGAACUACUUGGUGAAGCACGGCGAGAGGGAGUUCGAGAAGGAGGUGGAGAAAGAGAGGGUGAAGCUGAAGGCGAACGAAUUCCUGAACCUGGACGCGAUCCUGGAGGGAGUGAUGAUGGGCCUUGUGGUCAGACCGCUGCGCGAGCACGUCUACAGACUGUUCGUCGAGCAUUACGCGACCACCGGGUCCCUGCAGACCCUAGCCGAGAACAUACAGCACGCCCAGGGGAAACACGUACAGGAUCUCGGCGUUCGACCAAAGAUCAUACCACCGUCAGACCCGAGUCUGGAGAAGAUCCUCAAGUAUAUUGACAAGCUUCAGAAAGCGGACUCGCCCCUGGACAAAUUGGAGAACCUGCUGGCGGCCAUUUCUGCGAUCUUCAAUUCCGUGAAACAUGCAAACUCUGGGAGGCAUGUGACGCUGGGAGCAGACGACCUCCUACCUCUUCUCGUUUGGGUCCUGGUCCGCGGUAAAGUCGUGGACGCCGAGGUGGAAGCGGAGUACAUGUGGGGCCUCCUUCAUCCUUCGCUGCUCACCGGCGAAGGAGGAUACUACCUGACGACGCUGUCCAGCGCAGUGCACGUGUUGAAGACGUUCAAGUCUAGCCAGGGAACCAUGUCCACGUUGAAUGGCUCUGGAACACCGGACUGUUCAUCCGUACUACGAAUCUUAGUGCCAGAUGAACUACACGGUUCCCUGAACACUAGAACCCUGCCUGUGCGACCCAACAUGAACACCAGGGAGAUUUGUCGUAUCCUCGCGCAUAAAAUAAGAUGCACCAACCCCCAGGACUACGGGCUGUUCAAGUUGGUCCAAGGAGAAGAAACUCUGCUCGGUGACCACGAAUGCCCCCAGGAGCUCUCUCACUGCCUCUUCGCGUACAAGCGGAUCGACGCCAAGAUCGCCUGGCCAAGAACCAGCUCUUAAUGUGUCUAAUAAGAAACCAUUUUAGGGUAAAGAAAAGAAACCAUGUCAGUUUUUGUUCCUGUACCAUCUUCGAAAUUUUUCUAACGCGAUUCACGAUUGCGGAUGGCUUCGAGAACCUCUCUCUGUAGAUAAUUUGUUAUACACGAGUUCGAAAAAGAAAACGAAAAAAAGAAAGAAAAAAAGGGAAAAAAAGUAACAAUUUUUAGCGAUCUUUUAAAAUACAAUCUCAAGCACAAAUUCGUGUGAUUCAAUCUCAUACAUCGAACACUGCCAGUCGUAGACAACAAUCGAACGAAAGAAACAAAAGAGGUAAAUUCCCGAGGGCAACUUCAGUACUUAAAGAUGGCCGAAGCAUUAUGCGAGAAGCAAUUCGAACCCUGUAUUCAGUAUCGUUGCGAUACGAUAACGCGUAUCCGGUGUCGCUGUUUAUCAUUAUCUCUCUAUUCGUGGUCGUUUUUCAUUCCAUCGCGUUUCCUCCAUGUUUCCAAUGGCUUGCGCCGGCGAAGACGCGGAACGUUUCUCUCAUAAAAAAAAGAAUGUCAAUCCGGCUCAAGGGAUCAAUUAUCGAGCCAAAAUAGCGCAGCACAGUGUGUCGGCCCCAUUAAUUAACAUAUUCAGUCGGAUUUCAUUGACUCACGAGCACACAUUUCCUUGACAUAACCUAGAACGUCGUCGGCUCGGUUGAAUGUCAAUCCGGCUCAAGGGAUCAAUUAUCGAGCCAAAAUAGCGGAGCACAGUGUCGGCCCCAUUAAUUAACAUAUUCAGUCGGAUUUCAUUGACUCACGAGCACACAUUUCCUUGACAUAACCUAGAACGUCGUCGGCUCGGUCGAAUGGAACUUGACUUCGGUUCCGUUUAGACGGCGAUUAAAAUCAUUUCGAAAACCUUGUUCCCAGCGAUCGGUGUAAGGAAAAUCAUCGUAUAUAUUACUCAGUAUUCAAUGUUUCGUGGAACUCUGACGAAGAGGAACUCUGUCGAUCCAGUUUGUGGUGAAGGCAGUUCGAGUCGAGGACGUCGCGGCUCCGCCGAAUGCGAAGGGGCGGAUUUUAAUCGGAAGUAUCGCGGAUGUCCUUGAGGCCAGCUAUGCGAGAGAACAUGGUACAUUUUCUACAGGAUAGAAGCGACUGGAAUGGAGUACCCGAACGUCUUCACGGUCUCUUAGGGAAUACGAUACUACACCGACGAAUAGUCAUUUCUUCACUUUUUCUUUUUCUCUACGUUUUCAAUCAGUCCUAGAUAUUAUAUUAUUUACUUAGUAGUAGUAGUAGACAAAUGAUACGAACUUUCGAUAAAAUAUUUUAAAGAGCGUGAUUAGAAGAAUUCCUUUGACAGAAAUUAAUUUUUCAUAGGCAGAGAAAAACGUUCAGGCGGUCCCUUCCAGACAGCUCGGACCUAAGGGAAGCGUAAUCGAGGUUAAUAAUUCGGUAGGAGACUCCUUGAUACAAAUUAAAUUAGACUCGGAGCACGAAAGACUAGUUUUAGAACUCUAUUUUAAGUACUUUGUACGAGACGUGGCGGGUUACUGAAUUUAAGCAAUCUGUACUUUUUAAGGCGGACGUCGCAUAUUUAUUGGAAGUUGUACACAUAUUUUAAUAUUUGUCGGACAUUUCCUUAACGCGCGUAUCGCUUCAUCUUACCCCCUCCCCUCCCCACCCGUUUCUGGGAGUUUGCCAGGCUGAUUCGGUCCCCCCAAUAUUUUAAAGGCUGUGUAAUAUUGUCAGCGGAAGUGAUUUAAAAAAAAAAUGGCGAACAACAAAUAGACUUUCGAAUAAAAUGAAAGGAGAAGCAAUCGAAGAACAAAAGAGAGAGAGCGAGCUAGAGAGAGAGAGAGAGAGAGAGAGAGAGAGAGAGGAACGAAAUAUUUUCCUAUUGAAAACUCAUGAACGAAAAUCAGCCUUGCAUGUAAUUGUCACGAAACGAUGUUGUAACCCUCGAUACAUUACGUGUAAUAAUGAUAUUAGCGAUCUAUGAAUGUACAUUUUUUCUUCUUCA